GAAAAAGGCAAGAAUACCCGUAGUAAUAACCAAAAAUCAGCGACGAUUCUUUCGAAUCUUUGGUUAGUUAACCACACGUAAGUUUAUGCAAGAGACUGUCUUGCACGCGAAUCUCUAGCAGACGAUAGAGAAAGAGAGAGAGAGAGGGUUGCUAUGGCGGCACUGGGACAGCUGAAUCUGGACGAGGCGCCGUCGUGGGGCUCUCGAAGUGUAGACUGCUUCGAGAAAUUGGAGCAGAUUGGCGAAGGGACCUACGGUCAAGUAUACAUGGCUAGAGAAGUCAAAACAGGGGAAAUAGUUGCUUUGAAAAAGAUACGCAUGGACAAUGAAAGAGAAGGGUUUCCUAUAACUGCCAUCCGGGAAAUCAAAAUUCUAAAAAAGUUGCAUCAUGAAAAUGUUAUCAAGUUGAAAGAAAUUGUGACCUCUCCAGGUCCUGAAAGAGAUGAUCAAGUGAGGCCAGAUGGUAAUAAGUACAAAGGCAGCAUCUACAUGGUUUUUGAGUACAUGGACCAUGAUCUGACUGGUCUUUCAGACCGUCCUGGACUGAGAUUUACAGUUCCCCAGAUUAAGUGUUAUAUGAGGCAGUUAUUAACAGGGCUGCAUUAUUGUCACGUCAAUCAAGUUCUUCAUCGGGACAUCAAAGGAUCUAAUCUUCUCAUAGACAAUGAAGGAACUCUUAAGCUUGCAGAUUUUGGCCUUGCUCGGUCAUUUUCGAAUGACCACAAUGGAAAUCUUACGAAUCGUGUUAUUACUUUGUGGUAUAGACCUCCUGAGUUGCUCCUUGGAGCCACAAAGUAUGGCCCAGCUGUAGACAUGUGGUCUGUCGGCUGUAUUUUUGCUGAACUUUUGCACGGAAAACCAAUUUUGCCUGGGAAAAAUGAGCCCGAGCAAUUGAACAAGAUCUUUGAUCUGUGUGGAGCUCCUGAUGAGAUCAAUUGGCCUGGUGUUUCAAAGAUUCCUUGGUAUAACAAUUUCAAGCCAUCAAGGCCCAUGAAGAGACGUGUACGGGAAGUUUUCAGACACUUUGACCGCCAUGCUUUAGAUCUGCUGGAGCGAAUGCUAACUCUUGAUCCAUCUCAGAGAAUUUCGGCCAAGGAUGCACUGGAUGCUGAAUAUUUCUGGAACGACCCCUUACCUUGUGAUCCCAAGAGCUUACCAAAAUAUGAAUCAUCACAUGAGUUCCAGACAAAGAAAAAACGACAACAGCAGCGGCAAAAUGAGGAAGCUGCAAAGAGACAGAAGCUGCAACACCCGCAGCAGCAUGCCCGCCUCCCACCCAUCCAACAAACUGGGCAAGCUCAUCCUCAGCACUGGCCUGGAUCUAACCAUCCUAUGAACAAUUCCCAGACUUCUGUAUCUUCCGGACCUGGUCAUCAUCAUUGUGGCAAGCCUCGCGCCCCUCCUGGCGGCCCGAACAGGUACCCUCCGAGUGGAAACCCUGGUGGAGCGUAUAACCCAAACCGUGGGAGCCAAGUUCAGGGCUACAGUGGCGGUCCUUAUCCAUCACAAGGGCGUGGCCCACCAUAUGCUGGAAAUGGGGGAGCUGCUGCUGGUCCCAGAGGAGCCAGUGGUGGUUAUGGAGUUGGCCCUCCAAAUUACCCCCAAAGCAGUCAAUUUGGAGGUUCUGGUGCGGGCAGAGGUCCAAAUCCUAUGGGCAGUAAUCGAAAUCAACAACCAUAUGGUUGGCAGCAAUGAAAGAGAAAGAAGGAUAGUGAAAAGAGGGAGAACCGGUUGAGCUAUGAGAUUCUUUAUUGAUUGAACAAUAGAGAUUCAUUUUUGAAAGAGACAGAAUGAUAGAAAUUGACCUCUAUGCAUCCUGCAAGUGCAGUUGGAGUUGUGUAAAGCAGCAAAUACGGUACGGAUGAAAUUAGGAAUUUAAUUUCUCUUUUUGGGGCCUCUUUUUCUUAGGCUUCAAGGCAGUGCUGCUCCUGUCCUCCCAUGUCAAACUGGUAUAUAUAGUUAAAAAAUGCCGGUGAGGGAUUUGCAACAAUCUAGCUUGAACUUUAAGGCAGUUCCUCUUCUCACUUAUUACAAUAUUCAAACUUCGAAGUCCAAAAUCCCAUGUUUAUUGCUUUGACGCCACCAAUGUCGGACGGUGACAGCUGCCCUGCCACUGUUAGAUGCUUCAAUUUUUUUAUUUUUUUAAUCCCUAUAAGGAAAACUAUUUAUUGUUCACCUGUGGUUGAUCCAAAUUUAUUAGCAGAACAAGAAAUUGUUUUUUU